CCCCAUUGUGGGACCAUUGUGGACUGAGGGAUGCUCCCCAUUCAUAUUCAGGUUUGCCUUGUCUUCUUUACAUUAGCGCUUGCGCAGACCAUCAUGAUUCAUGUCAGAGCGCGAUGAUGGCCUCAGGUCUAUGAUAUAUAAGUCUUGUUUCAAUGCUUUUUUGAAAACGCACUGUUGCAGGUUCAUUGGAAGGCAAAAUUAUUGUAGAAGAGGAUAUCCUUUUCAUAGCAACUUCAAAGAAAAAUCUUCUGUCACAGUUAAACUCAGAAUCCUCCCAAUCUCCUGAGAUGAAGUUGAAUGUCUUCGUUUCCGCCGUGGCUCUACUUGGUGCCUUCCAACCUCGCUAUGAAUGUAGAGCUAUUGAAAACCCCGGGGCGGUCCAUCCAUCCCACAAUCUACAGGCAGAGCUGCAACAGCAACUCCCUGUUCUUCUGCGACUAGGAGAGGAGUACUUCAUUCGGCUUGACAACUCCAAUACAAAUUCACUCCAGUCGUCCUCGCCGAACACAUCUCCUGAAGCUGCUGCGCCCUCAACAACGGUCAACAGGGCUUUACAACUUCAGCUCACGCAGCGCCUUCUGCAAGGUAAAGUCGGUGACAUCAAUCGGUUUCUGAACAGCUACGCUAACCAGAUGGGUGAUUCCAUGGAGAGAGGAAAGAGGUCCGGGUUGGGCGAAGAGCCACCGAUCUCUUUGGACCUGACAUUCCACCUGCUGAGGGAAGUUCUAGAAAUGGCUCGAGCCGAGCAAUUAGCACAGCAGGCAAAUAGUAACCGGAAAAUGAUGGACAUAUUCGGGAAAUGAAAGGGUUAGAAAUACAUUUGCCAAAUAAUUUGUUUACAUCUUGCACAAAGUGUACGGUACUAUUCCAUUUCUGUAUUACUCUUUAACGUUCGUUAUUUUAUGUAUCAUUUGUAUGUAUUUAAACGAGAGCUGUAAAAUCG